AUAAAUAUGACAAGUAUUAAAAUACUCCGUAGUUGAAUAUAGAACAAAAUUCCCAACCAAACGCGACCUUAUUGAUUUCAUGUCAAGUCCCCCCAAAUCGUCCCCGGUUUGCUCCGAUUCAAAAGUGCCGCCAUGGCCGGAGAACUCGAAGGAUUCAAACUAUGCUCAAAUGAAAUUUAAUUCUUACAGUAGUUCAUUUUGAGUUGCGCAGUUGCUUAAUCUAGUCGUUGAUGAAAUCCAUGGCGGCGGUGAACCUCCGCUCUUUGCUGCUAUUCUCUGCAUUUCUUCGCUUCUUCUUGAUCCUCUACGGCGAAUGGCAAGAUGCCCACAUGGAAGUUCGAUACACCGACGUUGACUACCUCGUAUUCUCCGACGCCGCUGCCUUGAUGGCCAAAGGGGAUUCCCCCUACAAAAGAUCCACCUAUCGCUACUCACCCUUAAUUGCUUUCCUCCUCAUCCCCAAUUCAUUCCUUCACCCUUCUUGGGGGAAAUUCCUCUUUUCCGCUUCAGAUCUGCUGGUGGGGUUUCUGAUACACAAAAUCUUGAAGCUAAGAGGGGUGCCGGAGAAAUUGAGUACCUAUUCAGUAAUUGUAUGGCUUUUCAAUCCAUUUACCUUUACCAUUGGAACUCGUGGAAACUGUGAGCCCAUUGUUUGUGCUAUGGUUCUUUGGAUCAUUGUCUGUCUCAUGAAUGAUUGUCUUAUACAAGCUGCACUUUGGUAUGGAUUUGUUGUCCACUUGAGAAUCUAUCCUAUAGUUUAUGCACUCCCAAUAAUUUUGGUUCUUGAUCCUCUAAACUUCCAGCCUAGUAAGAAGCCCACACUCACAGAUUGGAGUGCUAGAAAGCCCCAGGUAGCAAAGAGUUCAGGUCGUAGAAAACUUCCCGAUCUGCAUUCUCUUUGGUCUUUCUUCACGAGCAUGUUUACUUGGAGGAGACUUAUGUUUGGAUUUAUUUCUGGUUCUGUGUUCUUUAUCUCAACUGGAUUUUUCUUCUAUCUGUAUGGAUGGGAAUUCUUGAAUGAAGCGCUGCUAUAUCAUCUCACUCGUACAGACCCGAGGCACAAUUUUUCCAUAUACUUCUACCACAUAUAUCUGAAUUAUGAACGCGAUUUCUCAAUCUUGGAGAAACUCGUUUCUUUUCUUCCUCAGAUUAUGGUGCAGCUUGCUCUCAUCUUCUGUUUUGCUCAGGACUUCCCAUUUUGCUUUUUCGUGCAGACAGUUGCAUUUGUUGCAUUUAACAAGGUCAUAACAGCUCAGUAUUUUGUCUGGUUUUUCUGCCUAUUGCCCUUGAUACUACCUUGGACUAAUAUGAAGCUGAAAGGUAAGGGCUUGGCUUGCAUUCUUUUGUGGAUUGGAGCUCAGACACAUUGGUUGCUGUGGGGUUAUUUGCUCGAAUUCAAAGGGAAGAAUGUCUUCAUCCAACUUUGGAUAGCAAGUUUGCUGUUCUUGGCUGCAAAUACCUUUGUCCUUACCAGUAUUAUAACGGAACACUAUUACACUCCAGUCUUCCGCCACUCGCAACAUGGAGUAUCAAACAAAACUGUGAAACACGAAUAAGGAGUCCUCAAUUCACACGGGAUUUUCAGUAUCAAAAGUUUUUUUUUUUUCUUUCUUUUGGGAUACCCUUAAGAGGGAUGAGUGACUUGAACUGCUAACCUUAUAUCUAGGAGGCUUAGGAAAGUUAUGCCAAGGGAAAUUAGCUAAAUUUUGUGUAAUCAACUGUGUUUUUUGAGGGUUGAUUUUUAUACCUCAGAUUCUCAGUAAUGAAUGCAUUUUCUUUCUAUUC